GCUUCUUUUAGUUCACAACUCAAUGGCUUUUAAUCUGAUGAAUUCGCGACAACUUUACAAAUAUUUAUAUAAAAACAUCCGAAGACUUCCAUCGGAUCUCCAAAACUAUUACAGAAGUCAUGUGAGAGGACAAUUCAAUAGUCAUUCGGACGAAGAACCCGAAAGAGUGCGACAAUUGAUCCAAAAAGGCAUUCAAGACUCGGAUUGGCUUUUCUAUACAAAAGUAGUACUCAUU